AUGGCCGCACCCGCUACCAAGACCAUUGCCAACAUCAGCGGCAGCUGGGGCAUGAGCCUCUCCGACUCGACCGACGCCGUCCUCGCGCUUCAAGGCAUUGGAUGGGUCACUCGCAAGACGAUCGGUGCCGCGGGCCUGACAUUGGCCAUGAAGCAGUACACUGCCAAAGACACCGAUGGUGAGCACGACUUGGUCUAUUUCCCUAACACACCAGGCAAGGAGCCCGACUCGGCGUGGCUCGCCUCGGGUCCCUCCUCCGAAGAGUCUGUCGUCAUCCACUUUGACCAGAUCAUCACUGGCGGCCUCAAGGGCACCUCUGAGACGCGCUUCGUGAACGGCCUUCUGCACGACCACACCGACUGGCUGUUCGGGACCGUCUCGACACAAAACGUGUUCCGCGAGUACGCUGAGAUUGUCGCGCUCGAUGAUCUGCACCUCGCGGGCCGCGGAAAGCAGGGGCCGUGGAUCGACGACGGCACCCCCAUGCUCAUCACGCAGGCCCGUUCGCCCAACGGCUGGGUCGCCAUACAGACCUGGGGUUUCCAGAACAUUGCUGUCAACGGCACCACCGAGCGCCGAUUCGCACGCAACAUUGUGGUCACAAAGGGCAAGGACCGCGUCGAGAUCCGUCUCGUGUACGACUUCCUGGGCGAGCUUGCCGCCUAA